AUGGCCUCCCAGGACGUCGAGGCAGCCACUGCGCUGAAGGUGCAGGGCAACAAGGCUUUCACUCAGCAUGAGUGGCCUACCGCCGUUAGUUUCUACACCCAGGCGAUCGAGAAGUAUGACAAGGAGCCAUCAUUCUUCAGCAACCGAGCUCAGUGCCACAUCAAGCUCGAAGCAUAUGGGUUCGCAGUCGCAGACGCCACGAAGGCGCUGGAUCUCGACCCAAACUACAUCAAGGCCUACUGGCGACGCGCCCUGGCGAACAGCGCAAUCCUGAACUACCGGGAAGCGAUGAAGGAUUUCAAAGCCGUUGUGAAGCGCGAACCCGGUAACCGCGACGCGAAGUUAAAACUGGCAGAAUGCGAGAAGCUGGUGCGGCGGCUGGAGUUUGAGAAGGCGAUUGAGGUUGCGGAUCCGCCGUCGGCAUUUGAGAGCUUGGACAUCGAUGCUAUGGCCGUGGAUGAUGGGUAUGACGGUGUGAAGCUGGGGUCGGAGAUGACGCAGGAGUUUAUCGAUGAUAUGAUUGAGCGCUUCAAGGAUGGGAAGAAGAUUCACCGGAAGUAUGCGUUCCAGAUUGUCAAGGCUGUCAAGGACAUUGUCUACGCUGAGCCGACGAUGGUCGAGAUUGGGGUGGAUGAGGGCAAGAGGUUGACUGUUUGUGGUGAUACACAUGGACAAUUCUUCGACCUGUUGGAGAUCUUCCGCCUGAAUGGAUUCCCGUCCGACACCCAUGCAUACCUGUUCAACGGUGACUUUGUGGACCGUGGCUCAUGGUCUACUGAGAUUGCCCUUCUCUUAUAUGCCUACAAGUGGCUGCGACCAAACGGCAUCUUCCUGAACCGCGGAAACCACGAAACGGACGACAUGAACAAGGUGUACGGCUUCGAAGGUGAAUGUCGGGCCAAGUACAACGAGACAAUGUUCAAGGUCUUCUCCGAGUCCUUCUCAGCGCUGCCCCUGGCGACCCUGAUCGGCAGCAAGUACCUUGUCCUCCAUGGUGGUCUCUUCUCCAACGACAAGACGACACUGGAUGAUAUCCGAAAGCUCAACCGUCACAACCAGAAACAGCCCGGUCAGCAAGGGUUGAUGAUGGAGAUGCUCUGGACGGAUCCCCAGACAGAGCCUGGUCGCGGACCCAGCAAGCGCGGUGUCGGUCUGCAGUUCGGCCCUGAUGUUACCAAGCGCUUCUGCGAGAACAACGGACUGGAAGCCAUCAUCCGUUCGCACGAGGUGCGCAUGAAUGGAUACGAGGUUGAGCACGAUGGACGAUGCAUCACGGUGUUCUCUGCUCCCAAGUACUGCGAUACGACAGAGAACAAGGGUGCUUUCAUUAAGAUUGGACCCGAGCUCAAGCUUGAGUACCAGGUCUUUGAUGCUGUUCCUCACCCAGACAUCAAGCCGAUGGCUUAUGCCCAAAGCUCGCUGAUGUCUAUGAUGUUUUAUCGCGGUCCUGAACGACUCCCAUUAACUGACCUCUUUUGUUCUUCUUCCCAUUACACUCUCUCACAUACCCCCAUUGAGCCUGUCAAAAUGGAGUUCGACCCCAAAACCCCUCCAUUCCUCACCUCCGAUCCAAAGAGCUUCGGCUACAAGUCCGUCAACGACCGAUGGCCUGUCAUUCUGACCGGUGCCAUUGACGACUUGCAUCGGACUGUCGCCGACGUGACCGAUGAGGAGAAGCGCAAGGAGGGAAAGACCAUCAUUGAGGAGCUGGCGAAGCUGAAAUACGAGCUUCAGCAUGAUAGACAGUUGACUCCCCUCGAGGACGACGGCGAGCCAGAUAUUGAGGAGUACAAUGAGGAAAUCGAGCAGCGAGGAAACCCAAAGUGGCACAAUGUGUCGUGGCUCUUCUCGGAGUGCUAUCUCUAUAGGCGCAUGGCUACCCUCUUCGCCCGGUCGACGCACUGGAAGAGCUACGAUGUAUUCGCCCGCCAGAAGAUGUCCACCUUCAAGUCCUCUCGGCCCGCCGUGCUCGAAUUAGCCGCCAGAUACAAGGAGCUUGCCAACGAGGCGAAGGAGGGCAAGAACACCGAGGAAUCCGAUCGCCUCCUCUUCUCAGAGAUGUGCGAGAUCUGUCUGUGGGGUAACGCUACAGACCUUUCACUCCUAACGAACCUUACAUACGAGGAUAUCCAGAAACUGCAGGGCUCGCAAGCCCGCAAGGCAGCAGAGGACAACAUCCUCGUCAACGACCUCAACGCCGCAUUCGACGUCCUCCGACAAGCCCGUGAAGAAAACAAGCCCGAGCGCCGCGUCGACAUUGUUCUGGACAACGCCGGUUUCGAGCUCUUCGUCGACCUCGUUCUCGCCGGAUACCUCCUGUCCGCGGGCCUCGCAACAAGCGUGGUGCUCCGCCCCAAGCUGAUCCCCUGGUUCGUGUCGGACGUUAUCCCCCGCGACUUUGCAGACCUCAUCCAAGCCAUCGCCAACCCCCAGGGCUUCUAUACCGCGCCUGACGAGUCCGGAAACAAACAACCCCCGCUCUCGGAUAAGGAGGUCGACGAGGUCAAGUUCCUCUUCGACCAGUGGAGCCACUUCCACGCGGAGGGGAAGCUGAUCAUCCGCCCUCACCCCUUCUGGACGGCAGGCGGCUCCUACUGGCGCAUGCCGCACGUUGCGCCGGAUCUCUUCGAGGACCUGAAAGAGGCUGAGCUCGUCUUGUUCAAGGGUGACCUUAACUACAGAAAGCUAGUUAAUGAUGCCGACUGGGACCCAACAACCCCCUUCACAACCGCCAUUGGCCCACUAGGACCGCACUCCGGUAUCCGCGUCAUGUCCUUCCGCACCUGCAAGGCCGAUUGCGUUGUUGGCCUGCCGGCCGGCAAGGACGAGGAAUUGAGCAAGGCCUACGAAGGCUCAGGAACUGGGGGCCGCGAAUGGGCGUGGAGCGGCAAAUGGGCUGUCAUCUCUUUCUGUGAUGGAAAGGUUUGA